CUCUACAGUAUCAUUAGGCUGUCCGCUCCACUCCGGCCGCUGGGGGAACACCGCAUAGGACACACGGCAAGACAAAUAUAGUGAAAAAAAAAAACAUCCUCAUACCCAUCUUUCUAGCAAGUCCAACUUAUUCGCAACGCACGUGAGAAGGCCAGAGAGAGGAAUCUGGCUCUCAAGAGAGUGCGCAUGAGCGCGUGAAACCGGCUGUUAUUUUUUGUGCGCGUGGUGUUUGUGUGGUGCGGCUCCCGAAAAUGCUGCGGCUCUGAAACAAAGGGACUCCGAGCGGCGUUCACUGUUCAUAGGAAACAACUGGCUGCGAGGCUGACGGCUUCUCUGGAUGGAAAGAUGGAAGCAGAGGGACAGUGGUGGAAAAGCCAACUCGCCUCAGAUAUCCAUCAGGCUCUGAGAAUUAAGGAGCUGAAGUUACCUACAUACCACGCUCACUCGCCUCAGAUUGGCAUGAGGCGCUACUUUGCCGACCUGCUCGCCGUCCUCAGUAAUCGCUACCAGUUGUGCCCCACGGCACGCCACCUGGCCGUCUACCUGCUCGACCUCUUCAUGGAUCAUUAUGACGUAGCAGCGAGACAACUUUACGUCAUCGCCCUUUCCUGCCUUCUCUUAGCCAGUAAAUUUGAGGAGAAGGAGGACCGUGUACCUAAGCUGGAGCAGUUGAACACGCUGGGGUUUAUGUGCAGCCUCAACCUGGCCCUGAAUAAGCGUGACCUCAUCAAAAUGGAAUUGCUGCUGCUGGAGACUUUUGGAUGGAACCUGUGCAUGCCCACGCCGGCUCACUUCAUCGACUACUACCUCCAUGCCGCUGUGCAGGAGGGCGACCUGCACAACGGCUGGCCAUUGACCUCUCUGUCCAAGACCAAAGCCUUCAUGGACAAAUACACACACUACUUCCUGGAGAUUUCCCUGCAAGAUCACGCCUUCUUGGGCUUCAGACCCUCGCAGGUUGCAGCCGCCUGCAUCGCAGCCUCUCGUAUUUGCCUACAGAUUUCCCCGAGCUGGACCACUGUGCUCCACCUGCUCACAGGAUACUCCUGGGACCACCUGACCCAAUGCAUCCAGCUCAUGCUGCUCGCGCAUGAUAAUGAUGUGAAAGAAGCGAACAAGUCCAAGUCUUCACCCUCGUCCAGUCAGAGCGCACCUCCGCAAGCUCACGCCUCGCCUGGCCCUGCUCCCUCGGCUCUGCAAAGACACCCUGCAUCCACCUCACAGCAGCUCCUACUCCAGACUGGCAGCUACCCGCCACUCUCGCAGCACUCCUCUGCUCUGGCGCAGCUGCACAUGCUGGCUGAAUGCCAGGCCAUGGGUGCAGUGAGCACGCGGGAAUACCUCCAGCCGCACCAGGCUAGCCUGCUCUCCUCCUCUAUGCCUACUGCCUCGUUUCCUUCUUUCCCUAGUCUGGCGUCGGGGCUGUGUGGCUUGCCCUUGCAGGGACCCAUCUCCAUGCAAGUGGGCAUGGCGGCAGAUCCGCGGCCAUGCGUGAGCCUUGCUUACGCUAACAGCUACCUGGGCUCACACCACAGCUUCACCGCCGGAUGUUUCGACAGGUGACGCCAGGAGAGGGAGGGCAGACCAAACUCGGGGCGCCCGCUGUCCUCCACCCUCCUCUCCUCCUCCCCGGCGCCAUCUACUCUCAGCCAGAGGCACAGACUUUCUAAACAGAAGGCCCACAGUCGAACAGAUCCAUCAAAGGUCAUAGUAUUAAGCUGAAAGAACCUCAAUUGUGUACCUUAUGUUUUUUUUUGUGUGUUUUUUUAUAUACAUUUCUUUUUAAAUGCCUAAGGUGCCUGUUGCUCUGCCCAUUUUGAGAAAAGAUCUCAAAAGACUACAGUAUGCCUAUGUGGGUAUGUGGGCUAAUUCAUUCUGAGACCGUGAUGGGAGGAAAAUUGAAUGCCAGCUCUGCAGGAUGUGAUUAUCAAACACUUGGAAACGUCCCACAGGGGCAUUUUAUUUCCAUUCAAAGCCUUAAGAAGAGAAAAGGUGGAGAUCAGGUUCCAAAACUUCUUUUU